CUAUUUUAAAGCAGUGCUAAUCGAAACUAUAGUACCUGGUAAAUUUCGUACGAUAUUUAGCAUUUCAGUUACGGUUACUGUCGAAUGAUGAUUUUGGAACCGAAUUAUAGUCGAAUUGCCAAAUCGCUUUGUCUUUAUAGCAAAAUUUCAGCAUAAGAAGAAUUUAAUCAUAUGUAUAUAAAUAAUUCAGAGAGCUCAAAUGAUUAAAUCAUUUAAAAAUUUAUCUGAACAAACAUAAAGAUGUCAAAUUUCCAGUUAAAAGUUAGUUAAAAAGCUCUCUCAGAACAUAUCACAAACACUUUCUGAGCGCCGAUGGCUUUCACCAGUGUUGUCUUCUCUCCUCCUCCGACCACCCCCUCCGCCAAAUUAGCUCCAAUUUCGAAAGCACAAAUUCAAAUUCAAUCAGAGCCCAUUUCACAGAAGCUCAAUUCAAGUACUGGGUCUCUUAAAUCUUGCAAGAAUCUUCACGAAAUUAAACAGCUGCACUCCCAGUUCACAAAGAAUGGCGCAAUUGGCGACGCCGCCGUACUGACAAAACUCAUUGCUAAAUAUUCAGAGAUGGGCUCUGCCGAAAGCUUGGAGUACGCACUAAAGGCUUUUACAAUAUUCAGGAACAGCAGAGAGGAUUGCAGCGGUAGUAAAACUUACCUGUAUAAUUCUUUGAUUAGAGGAAAUUCAAUAGCUGGGGAUUCUCGUGAGGCGAUUUCGCUGUAUGUAAAUAUGCUGAUUGAUGGCGUUGAGCCUGAUAAUUACACAUUUCCGUUUGUUCUGAGCGCGUGUACGAAACGCUUGAGCCUUUUCGAAGGUCUGCAAGUUCACGCCUCCGCCGUGAAAAUGGGUUACCACGAGGAUGUUUUCGUCUCCAACUCUUUGGUGUAUUGUUAUGGGGAGUGCGGCGAAACUGAUAGUGCGAGGAAGGUGUUCGACGGAAUGUCCGAGAGAAAUGUCGUCUCCUGGACUAGUUUGAUUUGCGGGUACGCUACGAAGGACUGGCAUCAAGAGGCUGUCUCUCUGUUUUUCGAAAUGGUGGCAGAGGGGAUUGAGCCCAACGAAGUUACGAUGACGAGCGUGAUUUCGUCUUGUGCAAAAUCGGGUGACGUUGAUUUGGGAGAGAGGGUUCUUGAUUAUCUUACAGGAUCGGGGCUAACUUCGAACGCUGUAAUGGUGAAUGCUCUUGUUGACAUGUAUAUGAAAUGUGGAGCAGCAGACAAGGCAAUGCAACUCUUCGAUGAAUGCGUCGAUCGAAAUUUGGUUCUUUAUAAUACAGUCAUGUCGAAUUAUGUGAAAUUGGGAAAGGUUAGAGAAUCACUUGAUACAUUUCGUGAAAUGCUCGAUUUUGGACCGAAACCGGAUAGAGUCACUAUGUUGUCAGUUAUCACAUCCUCAGCUGAACUAGGUGAUUAUAGCUUUGGUAUGCAAUGUCAUGCCUAUGUUUUAAGAAACGGGCUCGAAAAUUGGGAUAACAUCAGCAAUUCAUUGAUCGAUAUGUACGCAAAGUCUAAUAGGCAAGAAUUGGCUUGCAGAGUGUUCGAUCAAAUGCCGAACAAGACCACCGUUUCAUGGAACUCUCUUCUUGCAGGUUUCGCUAGAAACGGUGACGUGGAGUCUGCUCGAAGGGUGUUCGACGAAAUGCCCGAGAGAAAUCUCGUUUCUUGGAACACAAUCAUCGCUGCUUUAGUCCAUGAAAGUUUUUUUAAAGAAGCAAUUGAGCUCUUCCACUCCAUGCAGAAAGAAGGGUUAAUACCAGACGAGGCGACAAUGGUGAGCAUUGCCUCAGCAUGUGGCUAUUUAGGAGCUCUCGAUCUCGCAAAAUGGACUUACAAUUACAUCAAGAAACACAAUAUCAACCGUAACAUAAGGCUUGAUACAUCUCUAGUAGACAUGUUCGCUCGGUGUGGGUCCCCCAAAAUCGCAAUGGAGAUUUUCGACUCGAUGAAGGAGAAGGAUGUCUCUGCUUGGACAGCAGCAAUCGGAGCAGUGGCAAUGGAAGGAAACGGCAAACGGGCGCUAGAGCUUUUCGAAGAGAUGGUCACGCGUGGGGUCCACCCUGAUGCAGUAGUUUUCUCCGGUUUACUAUUUGCAUGCAGCCACUCGGGUUUAGUCAAGCAAGGAAUGGAUAUAUUCGAAACUAUGAAGGAAUAUUAUAACAUCACCCCAAGUAUUGUUCAUUACGGGUGUGUAGUGGAUCUUUUGGGUCGGGCCGGGUUCCUGAACGAAGCUCUCGAUUUCAUAAAUGGUAUGCCCGUGGAGCCCACGGGUGAAAUUUGGAGCUCAUUUUUAAGUGCUUGUAGAACACACAAGAACGAAAAGAUGGCAUCUUUUGCAGGAGAAAAGUUGACUAAAUCUAAUUACGAAAAAACCGGGGCCCACGUUCUUCUAUCGAAUAUAUACGCUUCUUUUGGAAAAUGGGAUGAUGUGGCGACUGUAAGGAUGCGUAUGAGAGAAAAGGGUAUGAAAAAAGUACCUGGUUCGAGUUCGAUCGAGAUCGACGGUGUGGUGCAUGAGUUCACUUGUGGGAGCGAAUCUCAUCCGUCGAAUGGGAUCAUUGCAUCGAUGCUUGAUGAGAUAAACGGUAGAAUCGGAGAUGAGGGGUAUUUUCGGGAUUUGACGAAUGUUUUGAUGGAUGUUGAUGAAGGGGAGAAGGAGUUUUUGCUGAGUCGGCAUAGUGAGAAGGUGGCGAUUGCGUUUGGGCUCGUUUCUUCCGGAAGGGGAGUGGCCGUGAGGGUUGUGAAGAAUUUGAGGAUGUGUUUGGAUUGUCAUACAUUUGCGAAGAUUGUGUCUAAAGUUUACGAUCGGGAAAUUGUAGUGAGGGAUAAUAAGAGGUUUCAUUUUUUCCGGCGAGGGGAGUGUUCUUGUGGUGAUUAUUGGUGAAUGUAGUGUGAUUUUAAAUUUUAAAAUCCUUUCGGAACCAGGAUGAAAUUUUAGAUUCCGAAAAUU